GUUUUAUCCAACUGUAAGUCUCCAUUCGCCGGCCGCUAAAGUGAUGGUCAACUUCGGGAACAAACCGUUCGUUUUUGACUUUCAUCGCUUCCAAGCGGAAACUCUGGAUAGACAACGGGAAGCUGUAGAAUCGUAUGCGGACGAGGUCACCAGGCCGCUCACUGAAAAGAUCACUCAAUGCGAUGGCAUGGUCCGAGCAUUUCUACUGGCACGAGGUUAUCACAGGACACUUGAAAAGUACACCACGAGCU